AUGGUGUCAUUCUUCUCCUUGGGCUUUGUGAUUGCUUUGGUGACAGCGGGAGCCACACGCAUGGACCGCUCGGAAGAAGUGCAGGACGAAAGUACUGGAACGAGUGAGUGUUCCGAUUGGGGGCGUCUUGGACAUUGGGGCAAGUGCUGUACCAGCAAAUGCAAUGGCCAAGAGGAUCGGAUCUUCAAAGGAUCCUUGGCCAAGCAAGACAUGGGAGACCUCCAGGCCCAAUGGCUUGACUGGUCUAUAUUCUUUCUUCCAAGGGGUCGGAAGGUCGGUCGGAACGUCUCCCUAUUCUGCACACCCAUGGACAUUGGACAUUGGUUUCGCUCUCCUUUUUUCAGAUGCAUGAGAAGCCUUAUGGACAGAACCAUGAAGCAAACUAAUUAG